AUUAUUUUCCCGAGACGCAGCUGACGAUGUAAACAAGAAAAGACAGUCGAGGGCAACAGGGAUCAAACAGGCCGGUGUCACCUCAAAUGAUAGCCCGUUUAUUCCCGUAGGCGGCCGACAUGGGGCUCCCCGUUACGAUUAAAGUCAACUUCCGGGGGAACGUGAAGAGAUUUCUGGCCCAGGAUUUGGACAAAUUGGAGUGGGAAUCCGUUGAAGCCUGGAUCAAAGCGUCAUUCGGGAUCAACCACUUCCAAGUUAAAUACUUUGACGAGGACAACGAAGAGAUUUGCAUAAACAGCCAAGAUGAAUAUGAAGAAGCCAUCAAGAGCGCAGAGAAGCAGGGGAACCAGUUGCACAUGAACGUGUACAAGAUGAAAGGGCAGGCCUGCGGCGGCCCGCUGAAGACGGAGGUGAAGGAGCUGAAAGGAGACCUCCGACCGGCUCCUCCUUACCCAUCGAGGGUCAAAACGGUGGACAAAGGCACACAGGUCACCCCAGAGCGUGAAGCAGUAGCAGUAAAGGACAAAGCGAGCAAACCAGAAGAUGAGCCCCCUCCCAUGUGGUUUAGAUCGUACAUGGAGAAAUUUAAGGAUGAGGUUGUAAAAGAAGUAGUGGAAAGGAUGUGCAGCGACUUUUCUGGCCAGUGUUGUACCCACAAAUCCUCUGAUGGCCCCCUCGAGGCCAUGGGGGCAAGUGGCGGCACUGUGGGACCCAGGCCGGGCCCCUCCACCUCGAAUGGCUCCCUUGGCUACACCCCAAACUGCAGCAGCUGCAACAAACUCACCUCUGAAGGAGCCUACAAGUGCAGUGUGUGCCCGUCCUGCAUCCUGUGUGAGUUGUGCAGACAUAGCCAUGACCCCAGCCACAACCUCGUGAGAACCAAGACGCCCCUCUCCAUCCCUGAACACGGGAUGUCAGGAGAGUUAAGGUUCCCAAGGCGAGGAGACAGGACAGUGCGCAAGGCCGAGCGACAGCGCCUCAAAGCUGAAAGAAGGCAGCUAAGAGCCGAAGUGAAGGAAAUCAAGAAGAAACUGAGACUGGAGAAGAGGGGGCUGCAGUGGAGUGGGCCCUCUACCUCAGGCAGAGCCAACCUGACAAACAUGACCUCAGCGUCCACCCAGGUCCCAGCCCUGCCCCCUCCUGCUGCCUCAGAAACAGCCUCAGGUCCAGCCCCAGCCCAAGGUCCCAUCCCUGCCCCGGUCCCUGAUCCCCAGGCCUCCAGUCCAGAGGGUCCUGGGGUCUCGCACACGUCCUUGGUGCCCACUAUGGCUGCCUUGUUUCUGGAUGAAAAUCUGCCUGACGGCACCCGUCUGGAUCCUGGCACCAAGUUCAUCAAAUACUGGAAGAUGAGGAACUCGGGCACUAUCAGCUGGACCUCAGAGACUAAGCUAGUGUUCAUGUGGGGAAACCUUGGCUUGGCGUCAGAGGAGAAGAGGGAGGUGCCGGUGCCCCUGUUGCUGCCCGGCCAAGUGGGAGUGGUCAGUGUGGCCUUUGUCGCUCCCGUGAUGGAGGGGACGUACACCUCCCACUGGCGGCUGGCGCACUGCGGGUGUCAGUUCGGCCCGCGCGUGUGGUGCAGCAUCGUGGUCGACCCCGGGAGCGCCCGCAACGCACUCGGGCAUCAGAGCAAACCGCCGAAGGUGGAGGUGAAGCCGGCGGAGAAGGAGAGGGAGGUGAGGCCCAGGGUCAGCAUCCCGGACCUGUCUGUAGACCUCCACCAUGACGACUACUACUUCCCCUCAGUCGACCUGCUCACUGCACAGGAUCUGCUGUCGUUCGAGUUGCUGGAUAUAAAUAUUGUGCAGGAGUUGGAAAAGGUUCCCAACAACACUCCAGUGGAUUUGACUCCCUGCAUAUCUCCUCUUCCCCACGAUGCACCGGUCUUGGAAAAGAACAUCACUUUGCAGAUAAAAGAAGACACACCGGUCACUGGAGUCAAAACACUUUUUGGGGUGAAACUGAGGCAGCAGAAGGAGGUGUCGGAGCCUGUGGCCCAGGAGGAGGAGAGGGAGGAGGAAAUCAGCGGAGCUCAGUUCCUCUGCGAGACGCUCAUCCGCUCCCUCACUUUGGAGGAAGCCCCCGACCACCGACCCCUGCGCAGGGCCUCGCACGGCAGCCACAGAUCGCAGCUUGUUUCCCGGGGUCCAAGCUUCUGCUUAGAGACGACAGUCGAGGCUGAGAGCUCGCAGAGGCCCCAGGAGGGAAACAAAGAGAUCUGUGCCGUUAAACUCGAGAGUUCAGCUCUGCCUGCGAACGCGGCUCUCGACCACAUCACCCCGGAGCGAGAGACGGGGCCAGUUCUUCUGCUGGAACCAGAGAAUGAAAACCCGCAUCUCGGCUCACAUCAAAAUAACGAGGACAAAGAUGUCUUUCAUGCGCUGCAGAACCUGAAGGAUGAUGAGGAGGAGAAAGAGGAGGGCGGAGCCAAAGGAGAAGACUGGGAUGAGGUCAGCAGCCAGACCUCCUCAGUCUCCUCCUGUGAUGAUUACAUCAUCGUCCUCCCAGACUGCUUUGACACCAGCCGGCCUCUGGGGGAGUCCAUGUACAGCUCCGCCAUGUCGCAGCCCGACUCUGCUGCUGCCGCCGCCGCUGCUGCUGCUGCUGAAGAUGAAGAUGAUGACGACGACGACGAUGAUGAUGAUGAAACCUCAGCCGACCCGGAGCGGGAGCAAGAGGAGGACUCCGUCGUGGACCCGGGCAGGGCGGCAACACCGCUGCAGACGGAGGGACAGGCGGACGUGGACGCUGCUGAGGAUUCGCUGGAGAACACCUGGCCCCCGCCGGCCCCUCCCAUCGACAGCAGCGUGAACCAGAUGCUCUGCGCCUCCCAGACUCUGGACGCCGUGACGCUCACCCCCGAGGUGGUGCCGCCGCCCGUCCUGCCCAACUCACCGCUGCCCCCGCCGGCCCUCUACUCACCGAGGUCUGAGGCACUGUACUUGGCAGAGGAUCCCAGUCCUCCUGCCUGCGAACCCUACGAGCCGCCCCAGCCACGUGUCCACCUAAAUGUGUCAUCUGGUCUGUCGAGAUCAGCGGGCUCAGCAUCCAGUGCCUUCGAGACGUACAACCCCAGACCCAGCAACGCGCUGCUGCCCAGGGGCCAAGGAGGCAUCACGGAGGGACUUGUCAAGGGGGCCCUUUCUGUGGCCGCGUCUGCUUAUAAGGCUCUCUUCACUGGACCAAACUGUUCAAUACAGCGAGGCAUCGAUCCGGCCGCCAGGCAGGACCCUUCCAUGAUGGCCAUGCUCCUGGAGAUGGGCUUCAGAGACCAGCGGCUCAACCAGCAGCUGCUGAGGAAGCACGGCUACAGCCUGCUGCACACCGUCAACGAGCUGGUGCAGAUGGCUGAGGACGGCCAGAACGCGGCCGCCGACGCUCGCCCCUGAGGGAGCGGGAAGCUGGGUGACGGGGUGGGAGUGGGGGGGAACGGCAACUGAAAGGCCGUUUAAAAAUAAAAGAAGAGUCGUAAUAAGGAAUCGACUUUAAAGCAUAAUGUAAAGAGUAUAAUUGGAGAACAGCCUGUGUAUCCAGGUGCCGGAUUAUUAUUUUGAAUAAUUUAAAAUGGAGAAAAACUAUUUAUGAUUGACUUUUCAAAGGAGGAAUCGUUUAUUUGGACCAACGGGACAACAAUGAUAAAAACUGCUAAAAUGAAAUAGGGGGUUCUUGAUUAUUAGAGAUAUGGCUUCUCCUGCCUUUGAUUUAGCUUCGCCAUUACACACGUGUAAAUUAUUGCCGAUUAUGACUUUGUUUACCGGGGGCCAUAGAGCUUUACGUCAAAGCGAGCUGGUGUGUAUUUCCGCUCUUCAUCUCUUUAGUGUUUGUGUGGCUGUUGUAGCUGCUUCCUCGGCGCCGAAUAGUCUGGAACCUAAUCACGAAUUUAAAGUUUGUUGAAUGUCCUUAAAGCAUAGAACGCGUGCUGAAGAGAUGCUGCCGAAGCUACGCCGAUCUUCGCGGGUGCGCGGAGCGUCAUGAGAAACCGAUAUUUAAGACUUUUUCCUCGAUCAUCGUAGUGAAAUCUGCCUAACAAUGCAAUCCUUUUUCUGAAUCAGAGUACUGUUAUUUUAGACGUUGACAUGUGGAAUGUAUACACAAGCGUCGGGGCGGACCACCGCUCGGGCGUCCAGAUGUUUUCUACGGCUUUUUAGGCGACACCUGCAUGACAGGUAGAGGCUUUAGAGAUGAGUCGUGUUCUCGUGGUCUUAGCACAGUCACAGUGGAAAAUGUCCGCUCUCUGCGUCACCUUUUAUCGAACCCCUCCCCGACCUGCCUGCCUCCUGCCUGCCUGCAUUUUUGUCCUCACUUAACCACCAGCUGAAACCUAGGAAGUGUCAUCUAGCAUUAAUUCAAGCGAACAAUACAUUCCUCCAUCUCAUAGUGGAACCAAGUCUGUUUGAUUUUGUUGCCUUUUACAGAAACGUCAUCAUUGAUUUACUGAAACAUACGUGAGUGGAUGUUGUUGUGUGUGACAGGAUUUAAGUUAAUGUGUACGCCUCUAAUUUUUUUUUUUUCCUUUGAAUGAUUUCCUCCUUUCUGUGUGUGAUUGACGUGUUUUGAACCAUUACUACGUCCUUAAGGUUGUUGAUUGUCUAAGUUUUGAAGAACCACGAUCCAAACAAUAAUUCUGAACAUAUCGACGCUUGUCAAAUUAUUAUUCUGCCGCAGAGUGUAUUUGUACAUUAAAUACCCUUCUGUCAAUCCGCCAAUAAACUAUUUGCACACCU